UUUCGGUUCUGACUCUUAUAAUCAGAACUAACGAAAUAAUGAAAUUUUUACUCAUCACUGCCACUUUGUUGGCCACCACAUGGGCCCAGUCACUGACCAGUGAAUAUUUGCCUCCCGUGGAGGAGUACUCGGGUGCUUCCAGCAAUGCUGUGGAGACCAAUUUUUUGGAAAAUGAACCCGCACAUUCAUUAGCUGAUGAUGGCUACCGCUACAAAACUGUGAAACGUUUCCGUUUGCGUCAUCGUCGUGAUGUAAGUGAAUUGUCCAAUAGCUAUUUGCCACCUCAUGCUGCCUCUGCUCCUGCUCCUGUAUACUCAGCUCCAGUUGAAACCGCUCCAGCUCCAGUGUACUCUGCUCCAGCUGCCACCGAAACAUACGAAGUUGAAGCUUCUGAACCAGCCCCCGCACAUUCUUUCGAUAACGAUGGCUACCGCUACAAAUCUGUUAAACGUUAUCGUCUCCGUCGUCGUCGUGAUGUAAGCGAAUUGUCCAACAGUUAUUUGCCUCCUCAUGCUGCAUCUGCUCCAGCUCCUGUAUACUCAGCUCCAGUUGAAACCGCUCCAGCACCUGUGUACUCUGCUCCAGCUGCCACCGAAACAUACGAAGUUGAAGCUUCUGAACCAGCCCCCGCACAUUCUUUCGAUAACGAUGGCUACCGCUACAAAUCUGUUAAACGUUAUCGUCUCCGUCGUCGUCGUGAUGUAAACGAAUUGUCCAACAGCUACUUGCCUCCUCAUGCUGCUUCCGCUCCAGUUGGUGUGUACUCUGCUGCUGCUGAAACUGCUCCAGCUCCAGUGUACUCUGCUCCUGCUACUACCGAAUCCUACGAAGUUGAUGCUUCUGAACCAAUUGCCGCUCAUUCCUUCGGUAAUGAUGGUUACCGCUACAAAUCUGUUAAACGUUAUCGUCUCCGUCGUCGUCGUGAUGUAAGCGAAUUGUCCAACAGCUACUUGCCUCCUCAUGCUGCAUCUGCUCCAGCUCCUGCAUAUUCAGCUCCAGUUGAAACCGCUCCAGCACCUGUGUACUCUGCUCCUGCUGCUACCGAAUCCUAUGAAGUUGAAGCUUCUGAACCAAUUGCCGCUCAUUCCUUCGAUAACGAUGGCUACCGCUACAAAUCUGUUAAACGUUAUCGUCUCCGCCGUCGUCGUGAUGUAAACGAAUUGUCCAACAGUUACUUGCCUCCUCAUGCUGCAUCUGCAUCUGCUCAAGCACCUGCAUACUCAGCUCCAGUCGAAACCGCCCCAGCUCCUGUGUACUCUGCUCCAGCUGCCACUGAAACAUACGAAGUUGAAGCUUCUGAACCAGCUCCCGCUCACUCCUUUGGUAAUGAUGGUUACCGCUACAAAUCUGUUAAACGUUACCGUCUCCGUCGUCGUCGUGAUGUAAGCGAAUUGUCCAACAGCUACUUGCCUCCUCAUGCUGCUUCUGCUCCAGCUCCUGUGUACUCCGCCCCAGCUGCCACUGAAUCCUAUGAAGUUGAGGCUUCCGAACCAGUUGCAGCCCAUACCUUCGGUGAUGAUGGUUACCGAUACAAAACUGUUAAACGUUACCGCCUUCGUCGUCGCUACUAAGCAGUACAGUACAGUACAAAUUCCUAUAUC